AUGGAGCAAGGCAUGCAAUUGAAAUUCUAUCCACUGGUGAUUAAGGAUGGAGUAAAGCUGGUUAAAUUGAACCUAAAUGAAGUGGAGCAGCAAUGUCAGCAAUGGAAAAAUGCCCUAAUUGGAUCUGUAAUUGGGGGAAAUCCAACAUUUAAAGAGAUGCUCAAACCCCUAAUACUGAAAGAGUGGAAUCCAGAUUUUAGUAUUAAGAAUGAUUCUAUAAGAGUGGUUCCUAUAUGGGUGAUGUUUCCAGGACUACCAGUACAGUUAUGGGCUAAGGAAAACUUAGGAAGAUUGGCGUGUUAUAUUGGGAAACCACUGUGUACUGAUACGCUUACAGCUCAUGUUGACAGAAUUUCAUAUGCUAGAGUCCUCAUAGAGGUUGAUAUCACCCAACCUCUACCAGAUGUUCUUCUUGUAAUUGUGGCAGAAGGGAAAAUCUGGGAGCAAAAUGUGGAGUAUGAAUGGAAGCCUACAUUCUGCCAAGAUUGUAACCAAUUCGGACAUAUGACUGAGAAGUGUCAACAAAAACAACCCGAGCAGGAACAACAAGGAAAGAAACAGAACAAGAGAAAGAAGAAGGAGAAAUGGGAAUGGAAGACGAAGGCAGUAGAAUUAAAGGAUAAAGUUGAAGUAGCCACAACAAAAACUACAAAAGAUCCUGAAACUAACAAGCCUGAGGAAUCUCCAGCUGCAAAUUCAGAGGUGACUCCACCAGAGAUUCAAAUACAACUGCAGUUAUCCAACAAAGGGAAGCAGGUUGUAGUCUAUCAUGGCUCAAAGAAGAAAGAUGGAAAACACAUUGAUGCACAAGAGAUUGCUAGAAGAAAUCAGUUUGCUCCUUUAAGGAUUCUUGAGAAAGUAAUAGCUGAACCAGAUGGAAUAGAGGACCAAUUGGUAGACAAAGGAACCAAGACAAGCAAACCACCCCCACCAUGA